UCUUCAGCCUGAGCCAUGAAGUCUUUCCUGGGCUUGCGGGGACUCCUUCUGCUUCUUCUCGUCCUGACGACUGGUGCUGAUGAUUGGUCAGCCCUUCGUCUGCAAUGCACCAAUCAUUGGUUCUAUCUCAGGAUCAAGGCCACGCUAUUCCACAAUGUAUUUAUGGAACCUGAUGAAGUGUUUUUAGGAUCUGGCUGCCCUGUGAGCACCGUCUGGCCAAAUGAUGUCUAUGACUUUACCUACCGUACUUACUCCUGCGGCAUUGUCAAUAAAGUUCUUUAUGAUGUCACUCUGCUCCAGACAAAACUUAUGUAUAUUCCAAAAAACCCUAGUAAUAACCGAACUGAGAUGCGCCUGUCCUGUGUUCUACACAGUCGGUAUCCUCUUUUCUGUGAAGCUGAGAGUAGAGGAGACUUCACUGGCAACCCUCCUGAGUGGGAAGUAGACAUGACAGUACGCAAGAAUGAUAAGGCUGCUCCUGCAGUGCCGCUAAACUUUUCAACAUCAGGUCAAAACACCAACCAGGUGUCGCAGGAGCCUCAGACCUCGGGAACCAGUAGGCAUCAGCCUGCUGAAGCAUCUAACUGAGUGGAUUAGAGUUGUGCCCUCUCCAUUUCUCCAGAAUGCAGAUGGUUGCAGGAUGUCUUCUCAUCCAUUUUUAAAAAGUGACUGAUUUGCAGUUUUAAAUAAAAUGGCAUGCUACCUUCAUAUAUUCUCAUUUUAAAAAGCUGUUCCUGAUUUUAGCUUUAUCAAAUCUGAUUAAUCAAUAAAAAUUUCUAUUAA